AUGGCUAAUUCUCGAGUUCUCUACAUAUCGCGCGAUCGCCAAGAACCUUGGAGUAAGGAAACUGUGAAAAUGUUGCUAUCUAAAGGGUCCGAUCAAGAUAAAGUUUGUGCACUUUGGCAAAUAGUUAAGGAAAUGGCUAUGGGAGUCGAUCAUCAGGACUUACUUUUAGUUUUAAGUAUGUGUGUUCCCAAUUCCAAAGAUAAGCGGCUUAUCGUUCUCUUUUACCAGUAUAUGGAAGGUAUUGAGGUGGAAACAGCAGAAGGUAAUUUAAAAGACGAAGUACUUAUGGUUUGUAAUAUGAUGCGCGUUCAUUUAUCCCAUCCUAAUGAACAUAUUCGGGCACGGGUCUUACGGACACUAGGCCGGAUAGGUAGUCCUGCUCUGUUUGAUUCUUUAAAAGCCCCAUUUGUUGAUAACUUAAGCUACAGUAAUCCAGUAGCUAGAACGGCGGCUUAUUUAGCCUUAAGAAUGUUACUUCAAAAUCCAGAGACGGCUUAUCUAUUUGAAGAUACGCUAGAGAAGAUCAAAAGUACGUACUUACCUGGGGAAAGAGACCCAAUCUGUUUAGCCGAAGGAUAUCGUACUUUAGAACUAGCCAAUCCAGAAGGAGCUUUAGAGUUGUACUAUUCUAUGCGCAGUACACCUCAUGAAGGAGUUAAGGAGUGUUUCUUACAGACGGCUGCCCGUAUUCAGGAUAUUGAUCGAAUUAUAGAGAUUGCUAAGGAGAGUAAUUCACGGGGAGUAGCUCUAGAGGGAGGAUUAGGUUUGAUAAGUUUAUGCCGGGAGAGUGAUAGGGUCCAGGAAGCAGCUGAAGGACUUUUAGAUAUGGCGACUGAGUAUUUAGAUGCUGAAUCAAAAAUCAAAAUUAUUCGGGCUUUUGCUGAUGCUAAGAGAAGAGGCAGUUGUUUAUUUGAAGGUAUGGCUAUGAAAGUAGCUCGAUUACUUAAUAGUGCACUAGCUCGAGUUAAUCGGGCAGCUGCUACUGAAGUCUUUGAGUUUGUUCUGGAUAUUCUUGGGAUAGUUGAAGCCCGUGAUCUCUUUACUUACUUGGAACAGCAGUUUAUGGAAGGAACUGGGAAAGAAACUAAAGAGUUUACAGCUGGUCUAUCUAGUCGUGUCUUUUUCUUAUCUGCCUUACAAAGAAUGUUACUUACGUAUCGUACGACUAGUAGUGCUCUUAGUAAGGCCGUAGUAGGUUUAUUAGGAUCAUCUUUACCCGAACUAGCCUUAGGAGCAGUAGAGUACUUGACUAGUCUUAUGCAAAUUAUGGGUGUAUCGCAACUACCAGAUAUAAUUGAACAACUAGGGGAGAUUAAGUAUGGUAAGAUUCUAAGACAUGUCUUUUGUUUAGUAGCUAAGUAUGCCGAUCAGAAUCAAGCACUUACAGCCAUUAAAGUUCUCCAGGAAUCACUAGGUAGUGGUAAAGAGUCUAUUCUAGGUAGUAUUGGUCAGAAACAAGACUUAGCUAAGAUCUUCCCAGGAGUGAGUAUUGCUCGGUUUUUACUAGAACUAGCUGGUCAAAGUCAGAUUAGUUCUAGUACAGAUAAGGAUUUACGCCAAAAGAUUGUGACUACUGCCCUUAAAGUAUGUGCUCUAGGCCAGAAAUCAGGUAGUUUAGAUGAAUCUUCACGAGUAGCUCUACUUAAAACAGCCGAAACAGUAGCAGCCCAUGCAAUUACUCUCCCUAGUACUACUACGCCAAUACCAGCCGUAGUAUCUACCCCCGUAAGUACACCAGUAUCUAAUCGGCCUUUCUUUACACUAGUUAAGAAACAGUCCCGACCAGAACAAGCUAGUCGUUUAGAGGAGUUCAUUCAGAAACCAGAAAGUCCAUCUCUAUUCAAAAUCAAAAACAUCUUCCAAAUGUCUUCAGUUAUUGAUCCUUUGUACUGUGAGUGCCAAGUUACUUGUAAUCGGUCUGAAAUUAUCUUAGAUACACUUUUUGUCAACCAAACUGAUGUUUUAUUGGAAUCAUUAGAGAUGGAUAUAGUAACUAGUUCUAACAUUCGACUGAUUAACUCACCAGUAAUUGGCAGUUUACGUCCUCAUACUGCCCAUACGUUUACUAUUACUUUGUUAAUUGAAGAGGCCGAUAGUGGAUUUAUAGGUGGAGUAAUUACAUCUGGACGAAUAGGUCGUGAUGAUUUCUUCUUACAAAACCUACAGGAGAUAAGGUUUAAUCUAGCAGAUAUGCUAACUCAACGCCAAAUUGACCGGGAAGAGUUUAAAGAGAAAUGGGCCUUAUUACUUUGGGAGAACUUCUAUACCAUUACUUUAGCCAAGUAUGCCCAUUCACUAGCCGAAAUAACCAAUGCCGUACUUGCUUCUACCCAAGGCACAGUAGUUGAUACACGGGCCUAUGAAAAAGGAGCCAUUCAGUCCAGUGAUACGUCAUCACCCGAUAUUCUAGUGAAGAACAUCUUUGCCACGACUAUUCAAGGAACAGAUGUUUAUAUCAAUGCCCUUCUUUACCGGACCAGUGAAGGCGCCGUUGCUUCCUUCCGUAUUCGUGGGCAAAAGUGCCGAGCAGUCAAGUCUUUCUGCCAACUUAUUUCGCGGCAGCUCAAGUCACUGAUUCUUACCUAG